AUGUCUGGUGGGAUGAUGGAUGGCUUCGACAUUCUCUUCUGGGCAGCUUCUAUCUACUUCCUCAUCCGUGUCCCCUUGGAUAUUUGGACAUUGCUGAAGAUGCCUUGGAAGCGGACAGGAGAAACGAAAACGGCUUUUGAAAGUGACAAGGUGAUUCGUGACCAGCUUGACCAGACCAAUGCGGCUCACUGCAAUGCUUGCGCUUUUGUGCUGUGCCUGGCUGUGGAAGCCAUCCCUCAGUACCCUGCCGGAUAUUGCUGCAGACACUACGUGCUCAGUGGGCGAGAGCGAGAGCAAUGUAUCAAAGUGGUGGUGGAGAUGAAGCGCGGUAUCUACUUUGCGUUGGAACAGCCGGCUCAAUCCUGGGGGUUCAAGCUUCCCUUCAUGCUUGAACUGACCAGGGCUUCGCAAAUGAUUCCUGCGCAUUUGUCGGAGAGACUUCAAGCGAGGAACGCCAAGAGAAAGGUUCCCAAGAUCUAUCACACGAAGUGCUUGAAGCUGGAUGGAUCACAGGGAUGGAGUGGAGGCCCCCAUUUGGCAACAUCCGCUCAUUACACAGCUGCUUUUUGCAAGGCAAUUUUAUCGUCUUGGUUGGCCCAGUAUAGCACGGAGAAUGUACAGCCAGAGGGGCCAGAUGGCAACGGCGAAGAGGUAGACUUCGACGUUUUGGUUUUGGAAGCAAAAGAAGGUGGCUGGGCCUGGGGACUCAGCAAUCGCGUGCGACUUCAAAGCACAGAUUGUCACGCUAUAGAAUUUAAAGUGGAUGGUGUUGGUCAGAAGGAUCAAGCAGACAAAACUGUUUCAACGCUGCCAACUUCCGUCCUGAACCAGAAGCCUAAGAAGGUCAAGUCUGAGCAGCAGCAGAAGCCAAAGGCUGCCCCUCCAUCCACACCUCCGAAGACAAACACCGCUCAGAAGCAGGAUGCGGAGGCACCUCCGCGAGCGGAGUCAUCUGAAAGCCAGAAGGCCGACUUGCGACUUUUCCGCGGACGUUUGCGAGUUUAUGUUGAUUCUGAUCAAGGGCAAGAGCCUGCAGCGGCGCUGCCACAUGGGGAUGAGGCUAGCGCAGCUGAUACAACUUUGUGCUUACCUGACCGUGGAGAAGUAGGCCACGAGGACAAACUCCAGUCAACGUCCAAUUCCAUUUCACAACCGAAUUCAGAAGAACAUCCACAAUGCCUUCCGCACGAUCUCCCUUUGACUUUGCCUUUGCAGAGCUUGCCCGCAACCUCCGAGAAGACAGUACCAUCAGUCCCCGCCGGGGUGAAAAGCGAGAAGAAAGCUGCUCUUGACCCAGAGCCAACCUCUACUCAGAUCGUUGUGGCCACAGGGUCAGAUGCGCAGAAAAUUGAGAGGGAGCUAGACGCGUUAGCCCAGGCCUGUCAGCAGACACAACUCAAGCUUGAGAAAGUCAAGGCUGAGCAGAACAAGCCUCACACGACGCCGGAAUCAUCUGAUGCAGGAGAGGGCUGCCGGACUGGCUGCCGGGUGUUUCUGGAUGUUUCUGGUGUCUUUUUUGGUUUCCCCAAGAGAGAGAAACGAGGUAAUCCUGCAGUGGCCAAGCAGAUCGAGCAGUACGCUGCUUCUGUUAAAGAAACAGGUUUCUACUUGGACGUGCAAGAUGCUUUUCUUUAUGCGGAAGAGAAGAGCUGCGAGGUUGUGGUCGCUGUCCCUAUGCCCAAGAAAAAGAGCAACACUCUUCAGCUUGAACUCGGCUUACUUUCUCAAGAACUGAUGGACGUGGUGCAAGACCUUACUUUCAACGAUGCUCCCAGUGUCAUCGACCGGACAAGCAGCAAAAUGUGGGUCUUGAUUUCUGUGAACGCCACAUUUGACCCGGCCGAGCCAAAGAACCAUUGGCUGCCAGGGUUUUUCAAGGAGCAACUGACGCAGAAGGAUUGGGAAGACUUGACAAUCCAAUCUCAACAGGAAGAUGCUGAAUUUGCUGAGUUGGCCAAGAAAUUGCAUUUGCUCAAAUUCACGAAGGAGAAGACCACCUUUGUGAGUGUCAAGGCACUUUCUGAGAUGCAGCAAGCUGAGCAGCGGAUGCAGGAGUUGAAAAAUCGCAAGCGGAUACGCGACCUUUGUACCGCUGAGGGAAUCGCAUUCUACUUGGUGCCUGCCGAUGGCAACUGCUUAGUGUGGUCGCUCCGGAUCCUGGAUUUGGGCAUGGAACAUGUUGCUCAGUCAUCGGUUGGUCAAGAUCGAAAGGAACAGCGGUUGUAUCGGACUUUGCUGAGCAAUCUGUGGCUUGUGGUAAUGCUUGACCCUGCUUGGCAAGCGGUGUUCACCUGUUUGUGCCCAGAGAUGUCUGCCAGUCAGCCGAAAACUCCGAAGAAAGAGAACCAUUGCAAAGCGGAGAAGCCAGAACAAAAGGCUGGGGACAAUGCUGACGCUGAUGCAGCCGUUUGUGGUUUGUCGACCCCUCCACGUGUUGUCCAACCCGAAGACAUGAGGAGAGCGGCAAAGAUGAGACGUAUUGGCGAUGCUGCACCAGUUCCUGGAUUCCAAGCCCGGCAUACAGAUUCGCAGCUCAAAAUGCCAGGCUCGACCAACAAGGUCCGCUGUAUGGAGACUGCCGUGCCAGAUGUGCACGACAUGUUCGACAAAGCCAUGCAGAAGAUUCCGCAACAUUCGAAGCAGCCAGAUGGUGAUCCACCAUCCCCAUCCGGCGAUGAUGAUGAUGAAGAUGAGUUGAACCUCUCAGAUGGCAAUCAGGAGGGCCGCAAAAGGGUUGUGGAUCAGAUCAAGUUUGAGGACUUUGCCAUUCCUGAGGCAGGUCGAGACAGUGUGAACGAAGAUGUCCAGAAGGCAGACUUGGAUUCAGAGAAGCUUGGCUUUGCGAUGCUUUGCGAUGGGAAGCUCCUGAGCUACAGGUGCAAAAUCUGCCGCACUGCCUCCCAGAAGGAGGGGAAGCUCAACAAACUGGGCAAGGCAAAGCUAAAGGCGGUGAAGCAUUUCCUCGAGCAGCAUUUGUCUGGGUCGACGCACAAAAAGAAUGAGAUGAAGUGGAACCUUCAGCAACAGAAGGAAGCUGAUGGGGCCGAUGGUUCUGAACCUGCGCCUGACCAGAAAGAAGUCCUGCAAACAUGCCCAGGCUAUCUCGUGAGCCCGGAAUCUCAUGGCACGCUGGGUCUUUUCGGAGAGGAGUUCAGACUGUGGGCUACGCACAACAAGCUCACCAGUUCCAAGCACACAUACUGGAUCGAUGUGCCUUCGCAAAAGUACUUGUGCCGGCAUCAUUCUUGUACUGGCCAGACACUGCCUGGCACUAGAUGCUGCAGAAUGUGCAACGGAUUGGGGGAUCCAAAGGGUGGCGUGCAGCGCUGUGUACUCCGCUUCGCAGCCAAGUACAACGCAUCAGUUCUGUUGAUGAAAAGGUUAUUCUUUGGGAAAGAUGAGGCUUUGGCCUUUGAGGUCGAGAGCCGGCUGAUUGAAGAUGCCGCCUUGUCAUUCGCUAUCGCCGGAGGCAAUACAAGCCUGGCGAAGAGCCUGGGUCAGAAGGCAAGGACCCCAGCAGUUCAUUGUGAUGCUUUGCCUUUGCGUGGGCUGCCUAAUCCAGUCCUAGCGUUAUCCGACCAGGCCUGUUUGGCCGAGAAUCUGCAGUUGCUGGACAAACUCUUUCCGAGGGACCCAGUGAGCCCUGUCCGUCGGCUAGUAGCAGCAAUAGACCACACGUACUUGACCCGCACUUUCAUGCAGGGAAAAAUUCGAGGUGUCAGAGGUCUUCUCGGAGGUCCUUGGUCAGUGGAAGCGCCAGAGCCGGCCUUCAAGCCAUUUGACAACCUGCAGCCGGGCGUUUUGAAAACGGAAAAGGCUUCGUUGAUGCUGGAGGUGGUUUGUUGGGAUCCCUUGGCAGCCAAGCGCACCACCUACUCGCUGGCCUCAGCCCCAAUGACCCUCAAGAGAAAAAAGGACAUACCGGACGAUCAGACCUUGGUGAAGCAAGGAAACCUUGCUCUUUUUGGCGAGUUGCCCGCGUCGGAGAUGAGUGAUAUGCCUUUUUGGCAGGACUUGAUUUUUGAGGAGCUUCCAAAGCAUUCAAUGCCGAGACUACCAGCAAAGCUAUGCCGGUAUCACGGGGAAGUGCUGUGGGACGAGCCCAUGUCAGACUAUUUGAACUGCCUACUAUUCAAUCCAUACUUCUGCAUUCCAGAGGCAGCGCCCUCAAUGCACAAGACUUAUGACAUCAAGAGCCGAUGCGAAGCUGCAAUGAGCGGAUUCAUUUUGCUUGACCUGUUCAAGCUAGUAUCCGAACUGGCUUGCCGGCAAAGAGGGUUGCCUAGGGGUGCGCUCUGGAUUGCACCGCAAACCAGUGAGAAUUUACAACAGGUCGCACUGAGCGUCAUCAUCCAAUGUGCAUCCAAACCCGACGUUGGUGAUUUUCAUAGCGCUGGCCACUGCCGAAUGACGGAACUACCAGUGGAGGAAUGGUUCUCCCGACUGCGCUGCCAAAGUUCCAACGCGCAGCUGGAUGCCAGAGCAUAUUGGAAAGCAGCUUGCCGCGAGAUGUUGAGAGCCAGCCGGUUGCAAGACCAAGAAGUGCCCGCUUGCAGGAGCCUUCCACCGUUGAACGCGCGCCAGUUCGAUGAUUGCAGUGCUCGAGCUAUGAAGGCAUCGCUUGAGUUGGUUAGCAUUUGCUCUGGCAUUCAGGUUGAAGCGCUAGAUAAGAUGUACAGGGAAUGGUGCGAAUCUGGGACCUUCAAUGUUGAUCUUGCUGAGUACUCCCAAGCCUUUGACUUCGAGGAGCCAGACUUGCUGGAACCUGAGUGUGGAGAGGAGCAGAAUGAGUGCGUGGCAUUACUCUCACAGAUUCACGAGGAAGCGAGAUUUGAAACCGAAAAGGUUGUCAAGCACCCGAAUCUUCUGGAAUUUGACAUUCGGAACAUUCCAGACAAGGAAUCCAUGGCUUCAGUCAUUGGGGCGCGUUCAUCCACGAGCCCACUCAAGCCCUUCAACCAGAUCCAAGAGCCCGACUUUGAUGCUUGCGCAGUGCCAAAGACGCUUCAUCAGUGCUUGUAUGAAACUCCGAAUGGCCUGGCAGAUGAAGUGUUGUGGAAUGAGCGUUUGCUCCGUGAAGUGCGCCAAGAAGAGGAUGACUCUCAAUGGAGGCAUCGCGCCGGUCGUCUUGACAAGUGGAAGGAGCUUGCAAGAUUAGCUGCGGAAAGGUCUGGCCAAAUCCUUGUGGUGAUGUUGGUCAAGAAGGGCAAGUGCGGCUUCUACAGAGAAGCCUCGGUUGGCUUGGUCACCACCAUAUGGCGCACAGGCAAGAAGAGACAACUGUGCCCAAAUUCCAUGUCCCUCAGUCAUGUCUUAGCGUUUCGUGUGGUGGAGAUGACGCAGAAGCCGGGCAAUUCGGACGUGUGGAUUUGCUCUGGUACUUCGGAAUCCUGGAAUUUGUCUCCUGAAGGCGCAGUUGCGGCUUUGAGCUUCAAGUCCUUCCGAGACUCCACUGAAGGUUGCGAGGUGGUCAUGUCAGAACCUUCCAUGGUGUUGCUUCAAGAACUCUCCCAAAUUCCUGCGUGGUGGCCGCAUUCACCUGAGGGUGGAAAGUACGACGCUUUGUUCCUACCCCGCCAAGGUAGGGGUAGCGGUGGCAAGAAAAGGAAGAAGAAGCAGACCGGCGAGGAGGCUUCCCAAGAAUCUGGAGAGGAUGAUGCGGGAAAACCUGGUGAGUCCAAUGGAAAGAGCUCAGCGCCCAAGGUUCCGAAAGCCAAGGCCAAAAAGAGAAAGGCUGAGGUGAACCUUGAUGGCAAAGACCUCAGGAAGAACAAGCAAGGCGCAGCCUAUGUACAGGCUCAGAUGAAGAAGCUGAAGGCUUUGGAUGAAAGCCUGUUUUCCAGCAAUCCCCUCUUCACGCAUGGCACUUCCAAAUGCCGAAUCAAGCUGGAAGAGUGCUUGGAUGUAUCUUGGGAGGACUUCCUGAAAUACGGCUAUCCGUUCAGUACUUUGCACGCUUCGGCUUGGGGUCUGCGGGUGAGCACAUUCUUUGCUGACAUGUCGUGCAGCCUACAGAACAAGGAUCGGAAGCCGUUCAUGCGGUUUUUGCGAGACAUCGUGCAAAGUUUUGGGGACCAGUUUGGUGUGGAGAAUGGUGACGAUGAGAAUGUUGACGGUGAGGUUGAGGACAUUGAUUGA